AUGGAGGCUCAGCUCCUCGUCGGGGCGCUGCUGUGCACCUGGCUGCCGCCGGCUCUGUCCCCGUGGGGAGCCAGGGCGCAGCUCCCUCCCGGCGGACACCUGCCGCUCCUCAGCACAGGCAGCGCUGCUGGGCCUUGGAGAGGGGACGGCCUCGUCGCGGCCACGCAGGAGCCUGGAAUGGCAGCUCAUAAUGCUUCAUCUACUACAAUAUCCUUGUCUCAGAACAGAAGACUUCACAGUAUGAAAUGUGGACCAUCUAGUUCAUUUACAUGUUUUAAUGGAGGUGAGUGUGUCUACAGAGAACUCUGUAACUGCAGUCGAUUUAAUGCAACUGGACCAAGAUGUCAGACAGUUUAUAACACAGGUGCUGAAAGAGAUCAUAUAUGCAGAACAUGGGGUCAAUAUCAUUUUGAAACUUUUGAUGGACUGUAUUACUAUUUUUCUGGGAAAUCUACAUAUGCACUUGUGAGACAUACUGAAUUAGAUGAACAGAGUUUUUCUAUACAGGUGAAUAAUGAUCCUGAAUGCCAUUCUUCUCCUUAUUCUUGCAAGCGGUCCAUUAGUUUAUUCUUUUCUGGAGAUGAACAGAUAAAGAUGAGCAGUGAAGUGACCUAUAAAGGAUUUGGACUACGGUUACCUUAUAUUAUUGGAAACUUACACAUCCAGAAACUAGCUGGGUACUUUCUAGUCAGGCACCAAUAUGCCUUUACUCUGGCUUGGGACGGUACAUCUGCAGUGUAUAUCAAAAUGGCACCAGAGUACCUGGGCAAAACACAUGGACUGUGUGGAAACAAUAAUGCUAUCCUGCAUGAUGAUCUUGAAACUAGUUAUGGAAAACUGACAGAUGAUGUAACAGAGUUUGUAGAGAGUUGGCAGGAAAAUCCUCCACAAGGAACACCCAGUUGGGAUAACUCUUUUCUCAGUGAACCACCCUGCCUGACACAAAGCCAUGAAUCUUUACAGAGGGCAUACACUCUGUGUAAUAUUCUGUUACAUCCUCCGUUUGAACAAUGUCAUGAAUAUGUGAGUCCUCUUCCUUUUAUGGCAAGCUGUACCAGUGAUCUUUGCAUGUCAGCAGUUGAUAAUGCAACUUGGUGUCGAGCAUUAACUGAAUAUGCCAGAGCAUGUGCCCAAGCAGGAAAGCCACUGCAGGGAUGGCGAAAGCACUUUCAGCAGUGUGUGAUCACCUGUCUUGAACCCUUGACUUACAAUGAAUGCAUCAGCUGUUGCCCUGUUUCAUGUCACCAGCAAUCACAGUGUGUUGGCAGUGAGCUUCCCUGCAUUGAUGGAUGCUAUUGUCCAGAUGGCUUAAUUUAUGAAAAUGAAUUGUGUGUCAAGCCUAUGGACUGUCCUUGUGACUACCAUGGAAGCUUUUUUGACAUAGGCUCUGUGGUUUAUGAGGAAUGUAAUAACUGCACUUGCAUUGGAGGAAAAUGGAUUUGUACAAAUCUUACAUGUCCAGCUGAAUGUUCAGUUUCAGGAGACAUUCAUUUCAUGACCUUUGAUGGGCGCAAAUAUACUUUCCAAGCUACCUGCCAAUAUAUUCUAGCAAAAAGCCGUACGUCUGGAGAGUUUACCAUAUCCUUGCAAAAUACUCCUUGUGGACAGAACCAGGAUGGAUCAUGUAUCCAAUCAAUCAGCAUUAUUCUUAAACAGGACCCCAAGAGGCAAGUUACUCUGACUCAUUCAGGAGACGUUUUGGUAUAUGACCAGUACAAAAUUAACCUGCCUUAUGCAGAUGAUUUAUUUGAAAUACGGAAACUCUCCUCUAUAUUUCUUCAAGUAAAGACAAACAUUGGAUUACAGAUACUGUAUGACAGAGAAGGACUGAGGCUUUAUCUUCAAGCUGAUGGACGGUGGAAGGAUGAUACUGUUGGCCUUUGUGGAACCUUCAAUGGAAAUAUGGAAGAUGACUUUUUAUCUCCAGUUGGAGUAACUGAAAGCACACCACAGCUGUUUGGAAACGCAUGGAAAACUUCAUCAGCAUGCAUGCUUGUGCACGAUAGCUCACAAAUGGAUCCAUGUGAUAUUCAUCUACAGGCAGCUUCUUAUGCAGCGGAGGCUUGUAGCAUCCUUACGAAAGAACUUUUUGCUCCAUGCUACCCCUAUUUGAGUCCCAUUCCCUAUUUUGAGCAGUGCAGAAGAGACACGUGCAAAUGUGGACAGAAUUGUUUUUGCUCUGCUCUGGCCCAUUAUGCUCAUCAUUGCCAAAGAUUUGGAGUUAUAAUAGAUUUCAGAGGAGGUGUCCCAGACUGUGCUCUUUCAUGUGAAAAUACAAAGGAGUACAGUACUUGUGUAUCUACCUGUGGCAGAACCUGCCAAGCACUGUCUGUGCCAGAAACUUGCAGCAGUGAUUGUAUUGAAGGCUGUGCUUGUCCCUCUGGAAUGUACUUGAAUUCCAAGACUGAAAGAUGUGUAGAGAGAAAUGAAUGUCCUUGUUAUUUUCAAGGAAUUGACUAUCCCCCUGGAGAUAAUGUUAUCACAUCUUUGGGCAAAUGCCAUUGCAGGGAUGGAGUAAUGAAUUGUGAUAACAACAUAAUUGCACACAGCUGCCCAGUUGGACAGAUUUAUAUUAACUGUAGUAAUCCACAAGUUGAUGCUGAACUCAGCAGAGAGAGAACUUGUGAGAAUCAACUGCUAAACCUCACUUUCUCAGCACACCUUCCGUGCGUUUCAGGUUGUGUAUGCCCACCAGGUCUUGUUAAGCAUGGGGAUGUGUGCUUGGAAGCAGAUGAAUGUCCAUGUUCAUGGAAAGGAAAGGAAUACUUUCCAGGUGACAAAGUGAUUUCUUCCUGUCAUACAUGCAUUUGCCAGCAUGGAUCAUUCCAAUGCACCUUCCAUCCUUGCCCUUCCAUGUGUACUGCAUAUGGUGAUCGACAUUACAGAACGUUUGAUGGACUUACAUUUGACUUUGUUGGAGCUUGUAAGGUUUAUCUAGUUAAGGGUACUUCUUCAACCAGUUUCUCAGUUAUUAUAGAGAAUAUUAACUGUUUUAAUACUGGAAUCAUCUGCAGAAAACACAUUUUCAUUAAUGUUGGAAAAUCUUUUCUAAUAUUUGAUGAUGAAACUGGGAAUCCAAGCUCAUCUAGUUACAUGGACAAAUUACAAAAAAUACAGUUAUGGAAAGCUGGGUUUUUCACUGUUGUUCAUUUGCCUGAUGAGCACAUCACUGUUCUUUGGGAUCAGAGAACAACAGUUCACGUACAGAUGGGUCAUCAGUGGCAGGGUGAAUUGACUGGAUUAUGUGGAAAUUUUGAUUUGAAAACAAUAAAUGAAUUGAGGACUCCAGAUAAUUUUGAACUAACAAACUCACAAGAAUUUGGAAACAGCUGGACAGCUGUAGAGUGUGUUGACAGCUCUGACAUUCGAAAUCCAUGCAGUUUGAAUCCACUUAGAGAGCCAUUUGCCAAGAAGGAAUGUGGAAUACUGUUAAGUGAAGCAUUUGAAGCUUGCCAUCCAGUGAUUGACGUCACCUGGUUUUACGCAAACUGCUUGACAGAUACAUGUGGUUGUAACCAAGGAGGUGACUGUGAGUGUUUCUGUACAAGUGUGUCAGCAUAUGCCCAUCAGUGCUGCCAGCAUGGAGUUUCUGUAGACUGGAGGUCCCCUAGAGUUUGUCCUUAUGAUUGUGAAUAUUUCAACAAAGCUCUGGGAAAGGGCCCAUACAAACUGGUCAGCUACUUGGGUGGGGAAUUUGUACUGGCAGUGAAACUGGUGGAUGGUUUUGUUUUCCCUGUGAGAGAAGAAGAUGGACAUGCAGUGAGCUUUAUGCUUACUUCAGGACUUUAUAAACCCAAAUCACACGAUUCCAACUUGGUUUCAUUUGAAACAGCUGAGAGACCUAACUAUUUUCUUCAGUUGUCCUCCAACAAUACCCUCGUUCUUUCUAAAUGGGAAAAAAGCGAAGAGUUUCACAACAAAUCGACAUUUGUUAUUCACAAGAAUACAUGGCUUUCUGGUUACAGUUCCUUUGAAUCAUUUGCAAAACCAGGAUACUUCAUCCACAUUUCUGCAUCUUCAGUUGAGCUUCUGAAGUACCAUCAUUCAGAGGAAUUCAGACUGUCAAUCCUUUUUAAACUAGUAGAUGCCAAAUACAAAUAUCUAUCACGUUCUGCAUGUGAAUGGCAUUAUGAUGCCUGUGCAAGUCCUUGUUUCAAAACAUGCAGGGAUCCUUUGGGAAAAAACUGUCAGGCAGUACCAAAAGUGGAAGGAUGCAUCCCUGUGUGUCCUCUCAAUAUGUUGCUGGAUGAAAUCACUCAAAGAUGCGUGUAUUUUGAAGACUGCAUUGAACCUGCAGAUGAUAGUCCACCCUUGCCACCCAUCAUUCAAACACCAGCAGUUUCACACGUAACAUCAAGUACAACUUCGGCAGUGAUCAGUGAAGUGGUAACUUCAUUUCCUGUACCUGAAACAAAGGACAUAGAAACAACACUUGCUUCAAAAUUGAAAUUCACUGCAACUGCAGGGAAAACUAAAUUUUCAGCUGUAACAACUAAUACAACGCUUCCAGACAUAACUUUAUCAUCAUAUAUUUCUUCACAGACAGCAGAAAUGACAUCAUUUGGGAGAAGAACUACAGGAAUGUCUGCGACAGCAAAAUCUAAUGUAAGCUUGUCUUCUCUUGUUGCCACUUCAGAAACCUCCACAAAGAUACAAGUGAUCAGCAGUGGUUCCACUAAGCUAUUGAGGGCUACAGAACCUUACACAGUAACUGCUACACAUGCAGUGACUAGAAGCACAGGAUCAGAAGGCAAACCAAUUUCUACUUUUAUUUUUACUGGGACACCAGUUACACUUAGAACAACAGAAUCGCCAGUCAAAACUAAAAUAAUGGAAAUAUCAGAAAUAGCCACAAGGACACUUCCCACAAAAGAAGCACAAGUAAAAACAGAAGGGCUGACAACAUUUACACUUCCUUCAUUUGAAUCAAGAACAGAAAAAACUACUGCACAUCAGCCCCGAUAUUCCGCAUUACCUCUUCUGGUUCUGCCUUCCUAUACAUCAUCAGUGAACCUAACAGGAACUUCAGAAAGGACAAAAGUAAGCAUAGGACAGUCUUCUACCACAGUAGGUAAAGUUAUAGUAACAUCAUUUUCUCCUGUGAUCACUACUCUGUCUUUGCUAAAACCAGCAUCUUCAGAAACAACCAAAGCAGCACAUGCUUCAACAGAACAAAGUGCAAAGACUGUAUUUUUGCCAACAUCCACACUGCCUGUUUCAUUAGGAAAGACGAUUACAGAACCUCCUAUUGAAAUGGUUCAUCACCUGACAGAUACUGCGGGGGUACUUUUCACUACAGCCUUAGGUCCAAAGACAACAACUCUGCAAACUCCAGAGAAAUCAUUAGAAACAACUUUGUUACCAUUUACAACUCAUGGAAAGGAAACUCUCAAAACAGCAUCUUGUGUGGAGCAUACAUCUAGUUCCUAUUUGCCUCCAUAUUCACUGCAUCCUAGUUCUAAAACUGAAAAACCCACCACUCUUUCUACAAAAGGACCUUCAGUGUCUGUUCCUACUCCCGCUUCUCCAGCUUUAGGUGAAUUAAAAAAAACAUUUAAAACUGUGUCAACAACAGGGUAUCCCUCACACAUAGUUCUAAACAUAACAGAGCACUUGACUACACUGUACACUAAAUAUCCUGCUUUGCCUGAGACUACCAGAGUGACACCUUUGUCUAUUGAGGUAACAUCCAAAAUAACAUCGCCUUUUGAAUUAGUAGCAAAAUCAACUGUGUUUUCUGGAAAAACAUUUACUGAAUACACAUCACCUUUGGUUUUAAGUACAGUGAAGACAAGCACUUCAGCAUAUUCAAGUAAUGUAACAUCAGCAAAGAAAACCUUUAUCUCAUCAAAAGAAACCACUACAGUUCCUUUCAUACCUACAAAAAGAGAGUCAGAUGAAACAACGUCCUUCACUGGAUCUCCACGUACUCUCCUUAGUGCAACUGAAACCACAUUGUUAACCACACAGCCUGAAGAAUCAGAAGCGGAAAGAAUCGCUAGCAUCUCCACUAGAAAGCCAUCUGCUUUCCCUUCUUCACCAUCAAGCUCUCUAAUCGCUUUAAAUCUUUCUCUUCCUUCACUACCCACAUACGGAAAAGAAGCAUCACUGACAGCUCUCAGUCCACUACGUACAUCCCAUGCUGUACUUCCAUCAACAAAGUCUCACACUUUCUCCACCUCUCAGUAUCUAGCAGAUAAAUCAGUUUCUUCACCUUUAACACAAAUAAUACUGGAAGUAACAACCACACCAAAAUACCCUGUAGAAACUAAAGUAGUUUCCACAGCAUUGAAGUCUACAGUCAAAAGUAUAACAGAUACAGUAAAAUCUACUGCUUCUACAACUCAGAAAUCCUUUACUCCAUCUUCAGUGGGCUCCUUCCCUCAACAAACAUCUUCAGGAGAUAAACUUCCAGCACAGAGCACAAAGGCUGUGACUAUACCGCAUUUUUUGACUGAAAUAGAUACAAAACUUGCUCAUCAGACUUCUAAGCCUUCCUUGACAGGCCUAAGCAGUACCCCAAUUUACCAGCAUCCUGCAGAAACUCUAGCAAAAUCCACUGAUCAGCCUCAAAUUCUAUUAAGCACAACUGAAGCUGUGGUAGAAUUGACUUCCUCAUCCCCCUUAACUACCUUCCUACCUAAAGGCAUUCAUUCAAGUGUGUUACCUACCUCAUUAGGUCCUACACAAGUUAUUUUACAAACUGAAAAAGAGUUACAUUUAACUGAUUCAGUUACACAGCUGUAUGUGCCAAAAACUUCUGUUUUACAGUCUACAGUCCCAGCUAGAAAAACAGCUGACUUGACUUUUGGUACCAGAAUUCUCCCUUCUUCACCAGAAGUGCUUGCAACUUCCUCUUCAACCAUUAAAAAAGACGCCUUUCCUUCAUUUUCCACACAGAAGGCAGAUACUGGUGUAAAAUUCACAUGGCAGUCCUCAGUUACUGAAUCACUUGUUUCAAGUCAAACACCUGAAACAACAACAGUUUCACCAGAAUUUAAGCCGACCUCUUCACUUUUGUUACCAGAGACAACAGAAAUUCCCAUCGUGAUGGGCAGUGAGUCAUCCGUAGGUGCCUUUUUCACCCCUGUGAUUUCAACAGCAUCCACGUCAAUGGGUAAAAGUGCUACAGAGAAAACUGCAGUGUUGCCAAAGCAAGUCACACAUUCAACCACUGCCUACAGCUCCACUUCUCUAGCAAGUACAGUGUUUUCAGCUGCAGUCCAUACAUCAGCUGCAGCUUCAGCCUCUUCAGUGAUGAGCAGUACAGAGCAAAACAUCACUAUUAUAUCAGCAACCUCAGACAAAGCAAAAGCUGUAACAGAAUCCAUCACAACCUCUGUGAAGCCAACCUUUUUUUCUGUUACUUCAAAAGCAAAAGAGCCUAUGUCCCCUGACACAGAAAAAUCUGAAGAGCUGGAAUUAAUGACAGAAAUGCAACCGGUCCAUACUCAAGGUGUUACCAUUACCUCAGAAAUACCUCAGACAUUUGAUUCUCCGUAUUUCACAAACAUAACGGCAGCUCCUUCUAAUGUAAGUGUAUCAGUACUGUCCACCAUACAUUCAUCCUCUGAACCAAAACCUUCUUCUAUAGCUGCAUCAUUGGCCAGUACUACACAAACUUCGAAACUUGGAAUAACAUCUGAGAUACAAACACUUUCUGUGAGUUCACUGUUAAUGAUACCUGACCAUUCAAAUGUCACAACAGCUCCGUCAGUUUCCUCAUUUGCCUAUUUAUCUACCAAACCACUUUAUGGUUUGACUACAACAUUUUCUGAUGGAUUGUCAACAGCUGAAGCCAUGUUAGGAGUCACAACAUCAACUUCUAUGCUGCCUAGAGCAACAGCAACUCUUCAGACUUGUACACCAAUCACAGAGAAUGAGUGCAUAAAAUACAUUUGCUUGGAUGGACAGCUGAUCCAAGUUAAUAAGUCGCAGAACUGCCCAUACAAUGCAACUCAACCCAGCUGUGGAGUUUUAGGAUUUGCUACUCAAAUGAAUGGGGACAAAUGCUGCCCAAAGUGGGAAUGUGCAUGUCGUUGCACAAUUUUCUCUGAUCUGAGCAUUGUAACCUAUGAUGGAAAUAAUUUGGCUUUAUUCAAAGAAGCAUCCUACAUUGUUAGUCAAACUCAAGAUGAAACUAUAAGCAUCCAUGUCCUUGACUGUAGAAUGAAUAAUUCAAAUUCAACUUCCCUGUGCCUUGCAAUGUUGAAUUUAACCUAUGUAUCAAACCAAAUUAUUAUCAAUCGUUUAAGUAGAAAAAUAACAGUAAAUUCAAGAUUUGCUUGGCCUACUGUUAGAAAAUAUGGAUACAAGGUAGAGGAUUCAGGCUUCAAGUAUGCUGUUGAGACCCCAACAAAAAUCAGAAUUCAGUGGUUUCACAACACAGGUGUGAUGAUCAUAGAGUUCAAUACUACCAGAGAACCAAAAGCUUUGGGACUAUGUGGUCUUUGUGAUAGAAGCUUGGAAAAUGACCUGAUGCUACCCAACAGGACAGUGUUAAGCAAAAGUGAUGCUCCAUCGACUUUUAUAGACAGCUGGCAAGUGCCAGACACAUUAAAGUAUGUUGGAGAAGACAGGCACCGGGAAACUAAUUGCUCAGUCAUGGACUGCUCAGAGUGCUUAAGACUGGUUUUGAACCAGACCUUCAGCAGCUGUCACCCUUAUGUUCCACCUCAGCUAUUCUGUGAUAUAUGGGUUCAAGACACCAAGUACAUUCAAAAUCCAUGCAUCUCACUAGCUGCCUAUGUGGCAAUGUGCAACAAAUUUAAUAUUUGUAUAGAAUGGAGGAGCUCUGAUUACUGCCCCUUCCCCUGCUCUGAAAACUUCUCCUACCAGGCUUGUAUAGCUGCCUGUGAGGUUCCAGAUAGUUGUCAGAAUAAUGAAGUUGCUUCUCUGGACUCAAACACCUGUUCAGUGUUGACAGAAGGCUGUGUCUGUGCUGGAGGGACCAUCCUGCACCGAGCUCACACUGCUGUCUGUAUUCCUGAAGAAAAAUGUGCUUGUACAGACAGCUCAGGAACACCUCAUGCUGUUGGUGAGAUCUGGAAAACUUCUUUGAGUGGAUGCUGUAUGGAAAAAUGUGUUGACAGUGAGACUAUUAUUCCAAUGGAGUACAAUUGUUCAGAUAUCCAUAAUUUAGACUGUCAGCGAUUUGCAGAAGUGGCCUUGCUUGUUCCUGGUGAUCAGACAUGUUGUCCUCAGAAGAUCUGUAUUUGCAAUCAGAGCCUUUGUGAAUCCCUAAUCCCAGAAUGUAAUGGCUUGGAAAAGCUGGUCACUUACUACAGUGAAGAAUCCUGUUGUCCCAACUAUGUUUGCGAAUGUGAUCCAGCAAAAUGUGAACCAAUGGAGCAGAUGCCAAGCUGUCAAGAGGAUCAAACAUUAAUUGCUGCUCGGGUGGAGAGUACCUGCUGCAUAUCCUAUAUAUGUGCAUGCGGGGCUUGCUCUGAUCAAAUACCCAAAUGCCAAGAAGGAGAAGUUCUUAUUGUGGAUGACAACACCACAGAGAGAUGUUGCCCUACAUACCAGUGUAUUUGUGAAAUACAUCGUUGUCCCGAAUUCAAGUGUAUGCUAGGCAUGUCUUUGGUGGAGGUAUGGAGCCCAGAGAAGUGCUGCCCAUUUCGGACAUGUGAAUGUGCAUGCGAAACAAUCCCUAAACCUCAGUGUAAACUGGGGCAGAAACUUCAGAUGGAUGAACAGUUUCAGAACAGUACAGAAAAUAUCUGUAACUGUGUUAAAUACAAAUGUGUGAGAGACAAAGUUUGCCUGAGUAAUGAGAGAGGUGUGCUGCUACCUGGACAGAAAAUUGUGGAACACAGUCCAGAUGGCAUUUGCCGUAUUUCUUCUUGUACAAAUGUGAUUGAUCCUUCUACUAAAUACUACCAAAUAAACACAUCAUCAGUAGCCUGUGCUGUCAAGUGCAAAGCUAACCAAGUCUAUCAACCUCCAAAAGAUUUAACAACUUGCUGUGGUAGCUGUAAGAACGUGUCAUGUCUCCACACUUUCAACAAUGGGACAGUUGCCAAUUUUAAGCCUGGUACUAUAUGGAUUUCAAACUGCAUCAGAUAUGAAUGCAUUAACACAGCAAUAGAACCAGUUCUAGUUGCAUCUUCAAUUGGCUGCCCACCCUUUAACGAAACAGAAUGUGUGAAGGUUGGAGGCUAUGUUGUACCAUUCCUGGAAGGAUGCUGCAAAACAUGCAAGGAAGAUGGAAAAUUCUGUAAAAAGGUGACUGUUCGGAUGACUAUUCGCAAGAAUGACUGCAGGAGUAACACACCAGUGAACAUUGUUUCUUGUGAUGGAAAGUGCCCAUCUGCAAGCAUUUAUAACUACAACAUCAACACAUACGCAAGAUUCUGCAAAUGCUGCAGGGAGCUCGGACUACAGAGACGAACUGUGCAAUUGUAUUGCACCAGUAAUUCAACCUGGGUCAGCUAUACAAUCCAAGAGCCUACAGACUGUUCUUGCCAGUGGUCUUAA